AUACGACAGGGGCAAACUCAUCGCUUAUUUCCGCCUGAAUUGGGUGUGUAACCUUAGGAGCAUACCAGAGCUUGUUUGGAUUUCUCUGUGCAUUUUGAGAUAUUUAGAGACUGCCUACAACGGAAGACUAUCACUUUAUGGUUAGCAUUGAGAUGACCGAACCGCGAUGCCGUUGAUCAAGCGUGAGGUCGAGCCUGUCCUGGUCAGCCGAGUGGACAUCGGCUCGGAGAUCCAGAAUGAGUUGGAGUGCGUCACCAACUACACGCUGGCCAGCAUCAUCCGUCAGCUGAGCAACUUGGGCAAGCAUGCAGAGGAUAUCUUUGGCGAGCUGUACAGGGAGGCCAUGUUCCUCUCUGGGAGGGCCAACACCCUGCAGGAUCGCAUCGACAAGCUGUCCGACAAGGUCACCAAGCUGGAUGCCACGAGGGAUCAAGUAUCUCUUCAAGACAUUCAUAUGCGCAAGGCCUUCAAAAGUUCGUUGGCCCUGGAGACGGAGGUCGUCUCCUCCCCCACCAUGCCUUCGGCCAUGAGGGAGACAUACAUGAGAUGCGAGAAGCCGCCAAAGUUGUCGCUGCUCAACCAAUUCAGGGAGGAUGGAAAAGAUGGUCUCAAAUUCUACACAGAUCCCAAGUUCUUCUUUGAGAGGUGGUGCAACGAACAACGAAAAGACAUUGAGAAUAACAUCAGGAAAAGGAAGAGGAGAAGACAAAAGAAGCCAGCAGCAGAGAAGGGUUCGAUGCCAAAGGUCCCUGUGAAUACAAGGAAGAACCGUUAUCAGAUGUAUGCAGGUGGGGCAGAGUUUGCCCAACACCAGAGACCUCAGCAGAGUAUAACGAACAGCCACAUUUCAUCAAACCAGGUUAACCAAGAUUCAGAGAAACAAAGGAUAUCGCACUCUGACUCCAUCAUCUCCAGUACGCCAUCGGAUGAUUCGGGCAUCAACGGUCAGUCACAACGAAGGAAGCCAUCACAGGGUCCGCCACCUCCACCACCUUCACAGGGUGGUGAGUCUCCCAUGAAUGGGGAUGUGGUGUUGCGGCCAGUUAGGCCGGCGCCAGGUCGCCCGCCCAGCCAGCAACAGCUACCACAACCACCACCCAUGAACCACCACGUCCCUACUAUGCCGCCACCCCCUCCACCCAAUGUGCCUCAACCACAGAGUUACCUAAGCUCUGGAACAUCCGGUUACUCGAGCUCGAGUGACCUACCACCUCCGCCACCACCGCCACAACCCAUUAUGAUGAAUAACUACGCACCGGCCCAGCCGCCGCCACCAGUAUUGUCGCAGCCACUUCCAAACAACAUUCCCGCUCCACCUCCCCCGCCUCCUGUGGGCGGCCCAGCCGCACCCCCUCCACCACCCAUUGGUGGGAUCCAGAAGCCUCCUGUAGCCAACAACAAUGUUCCUGCCCCGCCUCCGCCACCCCCUGAUCAAUUUAGGCUACCAUCGGUGCAACCGGCUCCGGCCUCGAAUCCUAACAAUACUAGUCCUGUCGUCAAUUCUCCCAACAAGCCCCAGCCAGUACAGGCCAGCGACCCAAGGAGUGAUCUACUAGCAGCUAUCCAAGAAGGAAUGAAGCUACGCAAGGUGGAGGUCCAAGAGGAGAAGCAACGUCACAGCGAACCGGCGCCAAACAGUGUAGAAGCCAUCCUGAGACGUCGUAUAGCGGUCGAGCUCAGCUCAGACGAGGAGGAUAGUCAAGUAUCUAGCGACUACGACGGAGAGUGGUCGGACGAGGAUUAAAAUGGUCUCUUGUAAAACCAGAAACUUUUGUUCUUCGCCUGGAACUUCCACAAUUUGUUAUGAUGGUGGUCCCAUGCCGUGCAAAGAUUCCAUGUUUUUGCCAACCACAAUGUCUUGUGGAAUUUGGGGAAAGAUUGAAGUCUCUGGUUUUGCAAUACACAUUAGUUUUGAUUGGAUGAGAAGACCCUGCAUAAUCAACAACAACAAAUUGUCACUCAAGUGACAAGAAUAUAAUAUAUAUUUCUUUUUAUACCAACAAAAAUUAUUGCAAACAAUGCUCAAAUGUACCCUCUUGAAAUUAAAAAUAGUGGAAAAAGUGCUCGACAUUUUGGGGGUUUGGUGAAUCAUGUAUAGCAAGAUGGAACUUGUAUAUGAGCUGUAAUUUCUGCUUUUUUUAUGAAGCUGCUAUUUUGUGAAGCCAAGCAUGAAAACUUAGAUUCCAGAUAUAGCAAAGAAGGAAUUAUCAAAAAGUAAUCAUGUAGAACUUCAUUAUUUCACAUCACCUAGCCAUACAUUUUAAAUUUUGAACAAUUUUUAAUUUUGAGUGGAAUGCCAAAUUCUGUCUUUGCAACUUUUCCUAUAAAAUUAGAAGAGGGCCGUGUGUCUUUUAUCACAAAAAAAUAGUCAUAUAGAUAUGUAGUGAUAGCUGACACUUUAUGCCAGCUAGUUCACUUUCAUCUUGGAUAUUCCUUUCGUAACAAGUUUCAGUUCAGUUAAACCAUUUCCUUUUUUGUUGUAUUGUAAUUGUGCAUUAUUUUGGAGAAAAUUAUUAGAUUAAUACAAAGAUGGAAGUUGUAGGAGUUUCAUCAGUCCUUCCUAGUAUAGCUUAGCUUAUUGGACAUGCACUUCAGACGCAAGUUCUCCGCCGAGAUUCAGAAUGAUGUUCCUUCAAAUAAGUUAACACAGAGUCAGCUCCCUCCUGGAUCUCAGCGGUCGGUUUGUCGCUGACUUUAGUUAAACAUAUAUUCUUAUUUAAUGGUCCUCAUGCAGGUCACUUGCAUUUGGCUUGGCCAGUCUAUGAGUUUGACAUGUAAUUAUGCUAUGUAAAUGAUGUGAUAUAGAAGAACUGUCAUUUCAAGUAUGAAUGAAGUAUGUAUUGUAAAUAGGAACAUAUAUUUACAUUUUUGGUGAAAACUUUCAAAAAAAUGUAGAAUUUUGUACAUUAUGAAUUGUCUAUCGCUCUUCACGGCCCAACGUAUGACUCGAGAGAGAACACUCUGGAGAGCCAUCAUCGACAGGGUCACAAAGGGUCAGUCAGGGGUCGUAGGACCGUGACGACGACGAUGAAUUGUACAGCUAAUUUGCAAAGGGUGAGAGAAUAAAUUUAGUGGAUAUUGUCACUCCGUAUA